GUUGCUUUAGGCUACAUGUUUAUCACCAUGGACGAAGUUGCAAUGAGACCAACUGUCUUUUUCCUUCUGUUCACCUUUGUCAACUUGGCUGCAACAAGCAAGAACCAAGGUAUAGAUAUCUACAGCUUCCACAUUAACUCUACAGUCACUAGCCGCUAUGCUUCUACAAUCAUCACAAGCCGUGUGACGAACGUGUUAAAUCAGCCUCAAGAGGUCAAUUUUGAAGUCAAGAUUCCCAAGGAUGCCUUCAUCAGCCAGUUUAGAAUGACCAUAGAAGGGAAGACAUAUGAUGGGGUUGUGAAGGAAAAAGAAGAAGCUCAGCAGCAAUACAGUCAAGCGGUAUCUCGAGGACAAAGUGCUGGACUGGUCAGUGCUGUCGGCAGGACUUUAGAGGACUUUAAAACCUCAGUGACAGUAGCUGCUUUUAGUAAAGUGACCUUUGAGUUGACCUACGAGGAACUGUUAAAGCGUCGCCUCGGCAAAUAUGAGCUACUCAUCAACGCCCAACCGAUGCAGCCAGUGGCUGACUUCAAGAUUGACAUACACAUCCAUGAGAAUCCAGGAAUUUCCUUCUUGGAGGUCAAAGGUGGUCUGAACACUAAGGAUCUGAUCAAUGCAGUCACAACCAUCAAAGCAGACAAAGAUGUAUGGGUGAAGUUUUACCCCACUCGUGAUCAGCAAACAAAGUGUGAUGACUGUAGUAAAAAGGGCCUUAAUGGCAACCUGAUCAUUAUGUAUGAUGUUGAGAGACAAAAACAAAGUGGAGAUUUGAUGGUAUUAGAUGGUUACUUCGUCCACAACUUUGCACCAACAGAUAUUCAGCGCAUUCCCAAAAAUGUGGUGUUUAUCAUUGAUGAAAGUGGCUCCAUGUCAGGCAAAAAAAUUGAGCAGACACGUUUGGCUAUGCUGAGGAUUUUGAGUGACCUUGCAGAGGAUGACCACUUUGGAUUGAUUACAUUCAACGGUGACAUUACAACCUGGAAACCUGAACUCCUGAAAGCAACUGAAGCAAAUGUGGAAGGAGCGAAGACGUUUGUGAGGAGAAUUACGAGUGGAGGAUCCACAGACAUAAAUGCUGCAGUGCUAAAAGCUGUGGACAUGAUUAACAAAUACUCACAAAAGGAAUCUGCAUCCAUCCUAAUCCUGUUGACCGAUGGAGACCCCACUAAAGGUGAGACUAACCCAGAGAACAUUCAGAAAAAUGUGAAAACGGCUAUUGGUGGAAAAUUCCCCUUGUACAAUUUGGGAUUUGGGUUUGAUGUCAGCUUUGAGUUCCUGAAGAAAUUGUCUUUGGAGAAUAACGGCGUUGCUCGCAGGAUCUAUGAGGAUGAUGAUGCAGAUCGACAGCUGCAGGGCUUCUAUGAGGAAGUGGCCAUCCCGCUCUUGACAGAUGUCCAGCUUAACUACCAAGGGGUGGCCAAUUUAACCCAGUCCACUUUCAGCCAGUACUACAAUGGUUCAGAGAUUGUGGUUGCUGGUCAAAUUACUGAUAACAGUCUGGAAAGUUUCACCACUGAGGUCAUUGCAUUAUCGAAAAACACUAAGGUGGUAUAUCACAGCAGUGUACCUACAGUGGACCUUAGUAGUGGCAUACCUGAACAGGAGAAUUUCAUUAAAAGAUUAUGGGCCUUUCUUACAGUGAAGCAGCUGCUGGAGAAAAUGGUUCUUCUAAAAGGCUUGGAAAAAGACAGCGCAAAGAAAGAUGCCCUUGACCUUUCCCUGAAGUACCAAUUUGUCACACCUCUUACAUCGAUGCUGGUCACCAAGCCUCAGGAUGAGGAGAUGCAAGUGGCCCACAAACCCGAGGAGGGAGAGAAAGCAACAAGGCAUUCAUCUGGAGCUUCUAAAAUAUCAACAAGACAAAUGUCCAGGUCCAGUCAUCUUGCAGAUAAUAUGCUUCUUGCCUCCGGCAGUGUAGGGCAAUAUGAUUCCCACAGACCAAUGAGACGAAAAAGACCCCCAAAGCAGCCCCGCAUGCACUUGAUGAAAGCCAUGUCACCGUUACCGUUACCUAGAACAACCUCUCUUCCAUUGAGGAGCAUUAGGAUCUUGAAAUCUUCUGGUAAUGCUAAGCCACUUUGUUAUGAUGUUCCUUUUGCUCAGAAAGUCAGGCUCCAACAGAAUGUCCUAUCAGAGUUCUCGAUGAAUGGGCAACUUGACUCAUUUGGAGGAGAAGGCUUCAGUCAAAUCUCAAUUCAUUACAAAACUAGUCACCACCUGCUGCUCAGCACGAAUGAAAUUACCUACAACGAUAGGCAGGAAAUUUUGAAGUUUUCAUGGGAGCAAAAUCUCACCCACGAUGAGAUAGAAGACGUGUCUCUGAUUCUACGGAGCAACGAAUUUGAUAUUACCAUGGGAAACAUCCGGGUUGCUAUACUUCUUCAUAAGAAAGAUGGUGCCAUUUUUCUGUGGCCUGCCAUUUGGCAACAACCAAGAGAUGUCGCUUUGAUGGGAAUUUUAGGAGAGGCUGGUAUUUCAUAUGAUGAGAUCCCAGGAUCACAAACACCAACUUUAAGGAUAAAGGACAAGGAAGUGAAGACAUCUUGGGUGAUGGUGAAGGACUACAGGCUCGCUUCUGCUCCUGUGGUUGGAUGUUGGCUUGUACCUUUCCAGGAUCUCACCCAGCAGCAGCUCUCUGACUUCACCGUCACUCAGCUGUUUCAGUUUACUCUGCAGGUCAUGAUGGAUCGAGCAGCUCUCCGGCUGAUUUUCUUGGGUGUCUUCCUCAUCUUAGCUACUUCAGAUCCUGUUAAGAAGAAACAAAAUGUGGAUAUAUACAGCUUCUACAUUAACUCCACGGUCACCAGCCGCUACGCCACAACAGUCAUCACAAGCCGUGUUGCGAACAAAUUGAAUGAAUCUCAAGAGAUCCAGUUUGAGGUCAAGAUUCCCAAGAAUGCCUUCAUCAGCAAAUUCAGAAUGACCAUAGAGGGAAAAACAUAUGAUGGUGUUGUGAAAGAAAAAGAGGCAGCUCAGCAGCAAUACAGUCAAGCAGUAUCUCGAGGACAAAGUGCUGGACUGAUCAAAUCAGUUGGAAGGAAUUUAGAGGACUUUAAAACCUCAGUGACAGUAGCUGCUUUUAGUAAAGUGACCUUUGAGUUGACCUACGAGGAACUGUUAAAGCGUCGCCUCGGCAAAUAUGAGCUACUCAUCAACGCCCAACCGAUGCAGCCAGUGGCUGACUUCAAGAUGGAAGUGCACAUCCAAGAGAAGCCAGGAAUCUCCUUCUUGGAGGUGAAAGGAGAUUUGAGCACCGGUGAUCUGGCCGAUGCCAUCAAAACCACCAGAGCAGACAAAGACGCAUGGUUGACCUUCUAUCCUUCUCGAGAUCAACAGACCAAGUGUAAAAGCUGUGGAGAAAAUGGGUUGAGUGGUGACCUGCUCAUAUCAUACGAUGUUGAGAGACAAAAUCCUAAAGGAGAAGUCAUGGUAUCAAAUGGCUAUUUCGUCCACUACUUUGCCCCCUCUGAUGUUCAACGUAUUCCAAAAAAUGUGGUGUUUAUCAUCGACCGGAGUGGUUCUAUGCAUGGUAGAAAAAUAGAUCAGACUCGUUUGGCACUGCUGAGGAUUUUAAGUGAUCUUGAUGAGGAUGACCACUUUGGAUUGAUCACCUUUGACAGUGAAGUUAGCUUAUGGAAGCGUGAGCUCCUCAGAGCUACUGAGGAAAAUCUAGAGAAUGCCAAAUCUUUUGUGAAGGAGAUCAGAGAUAGAGGAGCCACGGACAUAAACGCAGCAGUUCUAGCAGGAGUGGAUAUGAUCAGUCGACAUCCACGAGAGGGAACAGCCUCCAUCCUGAUCCUGCUGACCGAUGGAGAUCCCACUUCAGGUGAAACCAACAAAGAGAAGAUAAUGGCGAAUGUGAAAGAGGCCAUUGGGACAAAGUUUCCCCUCUAUUGCCUUGGUUUUGGAUAUGAUGUUAACUUUGACUUCCUGACAACGAUGUCUCUGGAAAAUAGUGGAGUUGCUCGCAGGAUUUAUGAAGAUUCAGACGCUGAUCUACAGCUUCAGGGCUUCUAUGAAGAAGUUGCCGUCCCUCUUCUCACUGAAAUUCAACUUAAAUACCCAGGAGGUACAAACCUUACCAAGACCAGCUUUAGCUUGUACUUCAAUGGCUCUGAGAUUGUGGUGUCAGGACAAAUCACAGACAACAGUGUGGAGAGUUUCACCACCGAAGUCAUCGCAGUAUCAAAAGGCAGCAAUGUGACGUAUCAAGACACUAUAAUGACAAAAGAGCCCAGUGAUGUUCCACCUGAGGAUGAAGAUUUCAUGCAGAGGUUGUGGGCCUACCUUACAGUGAAACAGCUUCUGGAGAGACAGGUGCUUCUUAAAGGACAGGAGAAAGAGGACGAAAAGAAAGAAGCUCUCAGACUUUCUCUGAAAUAUCAGUUUGUCACUCCCCUCACCUCUAUGGUCGUUACUAAGCCACAGGAAGGAGACGUGGAAGUAGCCGACAAACCCAAAGAGGGAGAAGCGCCGCACAGACCUCCAGUACCUGUACCUUUUCAUCCUUUUGCAUCACCAGGAUUUAGUCAGCACCACUUUAGAGGUCAGCCUGGUCUACCCGGUCCACCCGGUCCACCCGGUCAACCUGAACGAGGAUAUGCUGGUCAUCCAGGGAUCCGUGGUGGACGAUAUCGCGGUAAUAUGCGACCUCGAUUUCCCCACUUACAAGUAGAUGAGGGAGAUGCUGCUCCAGGAUUAAUCUUUGACUCGCGCUCACAUCCAGUGAUUGAAUCUGCUGUUACUAUGGCAGAUGUCAGGCCAGCAGCUGGGAGGAUGUUACCUGUUCCUUCUAUAGUCUCAGUUCGUAGCAAUCGUUUCCUGCUGCCUGUUGUUGGUCAGUCUAAGCCACUCUGUUUUGACGUUCCUGUUCCUCACAAACUCAGACUUCUACAGCAUUCAGCUUCAGAGUUCUCUAUGAAUGGAGAAUCCACAACUGGACAAAACGGAUUCCAUCAAAUUGCCUUACAUUACAACACGAACCAUCAUCUGACAAUAAACACAACAUCUAUCAGAUACCACGAUGGCCAGACUCUAGUUGAGUUCUUAUGGGGCCAGGAACCGACCCAACACAUUACUGAGGGCGUGUCUCUGAUUCUACGGAGCAAAGAAAUAGAUAUCACCAUGGGAAAUAUACGCGUUGUUAUUCUUAUUCAUGAAAAAAAAAGGGAUGCGUUUCUGUGGCCUGCUGUUCGACAACAGCCAAAAGAUGUCAGUUUUACAGGCAUUUUAGGAGAGCCUGAUAUUUCAUAUGACGAAAUCCAAGGAACACAAACACCAGCUUUAAAGUUAAAGGACCAAGAAGUGAAGACAUCUUGGGUGAUGGUGAAGGACUACAGGCUCGCUUCUGCUCCUGUGGUUGGAUGUUGGCUUGUACCUUUCCAGGAUCUCACCCAGCAGCAGCUCUCUGACUUCACCGUCACUCAGCUGUAGAGUUCAGCAAA